GUUUGCGGGUGCGAUCGGUAAGCUGAAUUAUCUACCAAAGGACGAACGAUUCGAUCAGUUGCGGCUUGCUAUAUCGCGCCAAAAAACGAUCGGUCAUGAAAAUGUGCUGCCAAGGGAAGAAAUCGCGGCGCUGAUUGAGUUGCCCAAUUUAAGAUACGAAGAUUUGGCUGCGCUGAAGAUUGUGCUCACCACCAAAAAGAAAGAUCUAAAAUUAUUGUGCGAUGAGCUGAGCGAGCAAAGCGCAUCGUCGGGCGCUAAUGGGGAAAGCGUGCUUCAUCGGUUAGUCUACACUUUGCUGGAAGUUGUGCGCAGCUCCCCGUUCGACAAGCGAUCGAUGGAAGCUCUCCGAUGUUUGAGUGAAAUAGGACCGAUCGAUCUGGGAACAAUGCUGUUAAAAUCCGACGCAGAAAUGAUUGCUUACGAUACGAUCAACAACUCGAAGGAAGCAAUCGAACGAUGUGCUGCGGUGCUGCUGAGCGAAUUGAACGAGCUGAUAACGAACAGAAACGUUCCGGUUGCAAACUACGCCUCACUGAUUUGCUACAAAAUGCUGUACGGAAAAACAUUCCAUGCUUUGGCGGCCAAACUACCAACACUGCACCCAUUUUUGGGAACUUCUGCGGAAGAGAUCAAACUCUUCACUCGUACCACCGGACGCAGUUUGUCGUUGCGGCCAAUGCUUGCCAACGAACGGAUCGAGUACAGCGCUUUUGUGCAGCAGCUGUCAGCCGCGUUGCUGUCAUUUUUGGGAAAUACGAUGAUUAAAAACUGGCCGAACAGGAAACGACAUUCGUCGAGAAGCUUGUCCCUUUGCUGGUACAGAUAACGAUAAAGCAAUUCGAAGAGUCAAUCAUCGAUAGCAUGGGCAGCUUUAUUAAUGAGUUUUUCAACGAGUUCGCUGCCAUUCAAAAUGAGGUUCACAAUAUUUUCAAUGACCCGAAAGCUAUUCAACUGAUGCUUACCAUCGUGGAGUGUGUUCGGAUACAUAAUCAAUGCUUUCCACAGUACAAAAUUUCCGUUAACUAUCUACGAAUCGCACAAGCGUCUCAAUUCUGUCAGGCACACUUUAAAGCCAUCCUGUAUGGUGACCUCUGGUACCGGGAGGAAGAGGAGCAAGGCAAGCAUGAUGCCAAACGACACCCGGAACUGCAAAACAUAAUGAAAUCAUGCCAUUUGGCGAUCGGCGUAAACGAUGCAGUUAAAUCAUUCCUCAACCCAAUCCAGGAACGGAUGGAAUAUUACCGUCUAGAGCAGAAUUACGCCAGAUGCUUGGUUAUGCAAGAUGCAAGCACACCGUGGUCGCAAGAUACCGCCCUGGACAGUGCGGGCACACAGAAUGCCAUCUUGCAAACACUGAAAGACUCCUCACUGUACGGUUUGGCUAGAUCGUUACAUGUCGCACCGCAACAGAUUGAUUACGAGUGUGCCUGGCGGCUGUCCGACUGGAAUGUACUAUUCGACGCGGACGGCGGUGUUGGUCCCAAUGUCCCGAAGAGAGCACCGGCUGCCGGUUCGAGCGCGCUGCUCCUACAGUCGCGAUCCUUCGAGCGAGCGCAUUACAAAGCGCUCAAGUGUUUGCAGCUGCGCGAUGAACUCGCGGUGGAAAGUGCGAUCGUGGCAGCGCAGCGUGCCGUUAGCGAACUUUUCAAGCUUACCAGCAUCGAAUCCACCAAACACAUCUACCACGGGCUGUGCCGGUUGCGGAUGCUGCAGCAGAUCGAAGACUUCGGUGAGGUACACUUCUCCAGACAGAUCGACUGCGAGCAGGACCUGCUGAACCGGUGGAGGGAACAGGACGAGCUGCCGCACAGCGAGUUCACGCUGCUGGAAACGAUCCUUUCCCAGCGGCUGUCCAUCUUCAGCACGGCCGGGAUUCGUGCGAAACGUAAAUGGGUACCGCCGGCAGUGUACAGCACGCUGCUGCUGCUGAUCCACGAAUCGCGCCUGCGAGGCUUCGUGGACUGUGCGGUACGGAAUGUGGUGCUGAUCGGGAAGCAGGAGCUGCCGGCCAACGUGCAGUCGGUGGUGAUGCUGGAAAAUGCACAGCUCAAUUGGAGUGCCGGCCAGCCGGUGCUGGCGAAGGAGUUGGCGUGGGAAGUAAUGAACAGCGCCAAGUACACUGAUCCGAUGGUGAAGGGAGUGGCGUGUCGCCUUUACGGUGAGUUCCUUGCCGAAGGACACUCGCAGGAGAUCAAGUCGCUAUGCUCGGACUACUUUCAACAAGCGGAAAAAUAUGUCCAGUUUGUGCUGUCGCGACAGGCGGCGGCGACGGCUGCGGGUGGCGAACAGAAAACCUCGCCCGGGAACGUUCCCGCUAACCAUCGUUGCUUCGACGUGGAUCGUAACUUCACCGUGCAGCACACCGUCGCGAAGUACGCGGAUCGUGAAUUUGUGCGGUAAGGGGAUAUACGACGCCAAGCGUCAACAUGCUAACGUUGCACAACGUUGCCGAUGAGGAAAUGAACGCUCUGCUGACUCAGAAACAGAAAC